AUGGUAGAGGGAAAUAUUCUAUUUAAGUGGGUGAUGGAGAAAAGAACUGACAAAUUAACAACAGAGCCAUUCAAGCACAGAAUGGGUGGUUUUAGAAGUAUCAUUCCUGUUCUGAUCAUUGUUGCUGUGAUGAUGGAGUACUCACCACCUUGGGUUUGUGGGUGCAGCUUCCUUACUCCAAGAAUACAUGUAAGAGUGCAAAACAAAUUGGGUGAAGGAAAGAGAUUGUAUUUGCAUUGUGCAUCAAGGGACGAUGAUCUUGGAAAGCACUCACUGGACUUCAAUCAGGUAUUCACAUGGACCUUUUGUCGAAAUUUUUCGAUGUCUACUAUCUUCUACUGUGACUUCUCGUAUGCAAGGGAUGGAAUAAAUGUAAGCACUCAUGGAGCCGUUUAUUAUGGAGAAAGAGAUGAAUGCACAGACUGCACGGAUCUUGUUCAACCACAAGGGGUUUAUGUAGCAGACACAAAGAACCCUAGUCACUCCGCACUUGUGGCAAUAUGGCCUUAA